AUGUCUUUAGCAAAUUACUCCAACAUGAACUCUGUGUCCAUUGCAAAUAGCUUAGGAUCUGGUUCACGGGCACCCAUACUUAUUCCUGAAGAGUAUAAUUCGUGGGUUGGCCGUAUGAAUCUUCAUCUUAACGCUAUAAAUGAAGAUAUCUGGAAGUGUGUAGAAGGAACAUAUGUUACUCCAGAAAAUAUGGCUACUCUUGCUACGAAUCAAGCCACUCAAACCGAUAUCAUAAGAAAGUUGGAACUCCAAGCCAAAAAGGAACUUGUGUCUGGAAUACCUCACAUUAUUCUAAGUCAAAUGGAUGACAUUAUGAUGUUAACCGCAAAUCAAAUUUGGGAAAAUUUGAAAAAUCGUUUUUGUGGAAAUAAAAGAAUUAUCGGAAACAAAAGAACAUCUGUUUUGAAUGAAUUCGAUAAUUUCAAAAUGCUUUCAUCAGAAACUAUCCAUGAUGCUCAUGAUAGGUUCAAUUUGAUUAUGGGAAAUCCAGCUAUUCAUACCGAAUCUUUGUACAAUUUGUAUGGAGAACUUCAAUCGUAUGAAUCCUCGAUUGACCCACCAACCAUUGCAGCUUUUGGAGGACCACUUGCUCUUGUGUCCACAACUUCUCAAAACCAAACACCUUACAAUGAUCAAAACUUUAAUCAUUUUAAUCAGACUACAUCUUUUCAAAACCAAUCCUUCCAGUCUGAUUCAAAUGAUGAAGCAGAUUAUCAACAACUGUGUGCUUUGGUUGCAAACACAAAUCUCCAGAGAUUUAUCCCAAAUCAUGGAACAAAUCACUAUGCCAGAGAAUGCCGAGCCAAAAACAAAACCAAAAUCAAAGACUUAGCAUACUAUGCUCAAAGAGCCGAUGAAUUGAAGAAACUGGAAAACCAAGAAAAGCAAAAAGCAUUGAUGGCAAUCCAUGAACCAAGCGUGGAAUACUGGCCAACAUCUGAUGACGAAGCUGAUAAUGAACAAGCACAAUCAAACUUCUGCUUUGUAGCUGGUGUUGAAAUACCUUCAAGAGCUCCAAACGUCAUAGAACAGGUAUGGUCUAUGAUCUCUGAACUUGGUUUUUCCAAAACAAUUUUUGAGUCCCACAUAACCAAAAUUGAGACUAGUCUGGAAACUGAUCUCAAAACAUAUCAUGACACAAUGGUCAAUUAUGAUAUUUGCAAAUCUGAGUUACAAACCUUGCAACUCAAAUUUGGAGAAUCAACAAGAACUAAAAGCAAAUUGGAAAGAGACGUUGAAAGAAAAUCAGAAGAUUAUAAUCACGUCUUGGAACAAUUAAAUCAGUCCCUAAUUCAAAAAAGGGAUUUGGAACUAAAAGAUCAGUCAAUCAUUUCUUCUGAAACAAAAGAUGUUUUAGAAAUGGAAAUCCUUCAGUUGAAACAAGACUUUCAAGAAUCAACUGAUAAAUACAAUAUUCUAAAUGAAAAACUGACUGAUUCUUUAAAACAAAUCAAUUCUCUUAAAACCGAGAAUAAAAGACUGAUAUGGAAUAUGGAUUCUAUCAAAGUUGCUAGAAAACUAAGUGAUGAUAUUUUCACAAAGGCAAACACCUUAGGAACUGGCAAAAUUGAUACGAAUUAUAGACCAGGAAUUGGAAGAGAAUCCUUUGAAAUUGAACAAGCAGAAUAG